AAUGUAUAUACAAUAUAAAAUAAAGAUAGGACUUAAUUAAGAUAUAAUAAUAAUAAUAAAAAAAAUUAUAAAGAAUUAAUUAUAAAGAUUUAAAGAAUAUGAAAGCAGUAAUACAACGUGUAACAAGUGCCUCUGUUACAGUGGACAAUAAAGUUAUUAACAGUAUUGGAAAUGGACUCUGUGUAUUAAUUGGUAUAACAAGAGGUGACACUUUGGCUGACAUAAAAUAUAUAGUAAGAAAAAUUUUAAACACAAAAAUUUUUGAGAAUGACAAGAAGAAAUGGAGUGCUAGUGUUAUGGAUAAACAAUACGAAAUUUUGUGCAUCAGUCAGUUUACAUUGUAUCAUGUUUUAAAAGGAAAUAAACUUGACUUCCAUAGAGCAAUGCCAGCACAAGAGUCAGAACCGUUUUAUAAAAUUUUUUUGAAUGAAUUGGGUAAAAACUAUAAACCAGAACUAAUCAAAGAUGGUAUAUUUGGAGCCAUGAUGGAAGUUAGCAUACAAAAUAGUGGACCUGUUACUUUAGAAAUAGAAUCCCCAAUUAAACCUAUCGAAGAUAGUACAAAGAUAUCUGAAAAACAAUAAUGAUUCUCCAGAAUAAAUAAUUAUUUAUUUUCAUAUA